UGUUGAUUUACUAACUUUGCUUAUUGCUUUACUGGACACUCCCACAGUGGAUAUGAAUAUGGAGAGUUAGAGAUCUUCAGUUCCUUUUUCAAUAAGACAGGAAAAAGAUUUGCGAAAGGACAGGUAUUAUCAUUUAAGCACCAGCAGUGAGUGAAUUAAGGAGGAUGGCAUCGAUUCAGCUUCAGGAAACACAGGUACAAGAUGCUGCAGUUCAGAUCGACAGAAGAUUGACAGGAGUCAAUGUUGAGAUGAAAGCUGACAGAAGUGCAGCUGUAAAUGCUCCUGUACUUACCGGAAACAUCAUAUCAGGCCCAGUAAAUAUCUAUGGUUCAAAAUCUGCAGAGCAACAAGAGUCCUCAGAGACAACAGGAAAACAUAAAGUAAAACAAGAGAACCUUAUGCAUUUUUUGAAAAAUCACAAAGCCAACUUAAAAGACAAGGCUGAACGAAUUUUUGAUGUCAAAAAGGAGGAAGAAACAUAUCUGAAUGAUGUUUACACAGAGCUCUUUAUCACAGAAGGUGAUAUUAAAGAAGUCAAUAAAGAACAUGAGAUUCGGCAGAUUGAUGAAGCUUUAACGGGUAAAAAACAACACGACAGACCAAUCAACUGCAAUGAUAUAUUAAGUUCACUGAGACAAAAAACGACAAGUAAAAAGGUUGUACUGACCAAAGGCAUCGCUGGCAUUGGAAAAACUGUCUCUGUUCACAAGUUCAUCCUGGACUGGGCUGAAGGAAAAGCCAAUCAGGAUAUAGACGUCAUGUUCCUGCUUCCAUUUAGAGAAAUUAAUUUAAUUAAAGAUGAAAAGAUCAAUCUCCAACAGCUUCUAAGUAAAUUUUAUCCUGAUCUGAAAGAUAUGAGUAAAACAAAUCUAUAUAAGAAGUGUACUCUCGCUUUUAUCUUUGAUGGACUUGAUGAGAGUCGAUUGCCUUUAAAUUUUAAAAGCAAAAAAAUGAAUGAUGUUGAGGAAAGAUCAUCUGUAGAUGAAUUGUUCACAAAUCUGGUGAAAGGUCAUCUGCUUCCUUCAGCUCUUGUCUGGGUGACCUCCCGACCAGCAGCAGCCAAUCAAAUCCCUUCAGAGUUUGUAGGUUUGUUCACAGAGGUGCGAGGAUUCACUGAUCAACAGAAGGAAGAGUACUUCAGAAAGAGAAUAUCAGAUGAGUCUCAAGCCUCCAGAAUUAUCUCACACAUCAAAACAUCUCGUAGUCUUUACAUAAUGUGCCACAUUCCUGUCUUCUGUUGGAUUACAGCUAUUGUUCUUCUGGAAACUCUCAUUGAGGACAAGACAGAAGAGAUUCCCACAACACUCACUGAAAUGUACAUUCACUUCCUUAUAAUACAGAUGAACAUGAAGAACAGGAAACAUGAUAAAGAUGUUGAAAGAAACUAUGGAAAGUUGUUGGAUUCAAAUAAAACAAAUAUAUUAAAGUUGGCCAAGCUAGCUUUUGAACAGCUAAAGAAGGGAAACACAAUGUUUUAUGAGGAAGAGCUGAAAAAGUGUGAUAUUGAUGUAAAUGAAGACACACCUGAGUCCACAGGAAUGCUCACUGAGAUCUUUAAGAAAGAAACUGGACUUCAUGAGAUGAAGGUCUUCUGCUUUGUACAUCUGAGUGUUCAAGAGUUCCUCGCUGCACUACAUGUGUUCAUGAGCUAUCUGAACAAGAACCUGGAGGAGCUUCAGUUUUUCUCCAAUCAUGAAAUUCAGUUCUUUUUUAAUAAGCUUUUCAAAAUUGUUUCUCUACAUACCUUACUGAAGAAAGCUGUUGAUAAAGCAAUAGAGAGUGAAACAGGGCAUUUUGACCUUUUCUUGAGGUUUUUGUUGGGCAUUUCAUUGGAAUCCAAUCAGAAACUGCUGAACGGUCUGUUUAAUGUCACUGUGAACAGCACAGAGAGCAUCACAAUAGUUAAAGAGCACAUUAAACAAUUACAAAACCUCAACAUCCCAGCUGAAGCUUCAGUUAAUCUAUAUUACUGCCUACUUGAGUUAAAAGACAGAUCAUUAUAUGAGGAAAUCCAGCGAUACCUGAGUUUAGGUUAUCAUUCAGGAAGAAAACUCUCAGCUUCAAUGUGUUCAGUGUUGACCUACAUACUGCUGAUGUCAGAUGAGGUGAUGGAUGAGUUUGACAUGAAGAUGUACAACACAUCACCUGCAAACUACAUGAGACUGAUCCCAGCUGUAAAAUGCUGCAGGAAAGCUAUAUUGACAGACUGUAAUCUCACUGUUGAGUGCUGUGAAAGUUUAUCAAAUGCUCUACAUUCACCAAAUCAUCUUUUGGAGCUGAACCUGAGUUACAAUAACCUGCAGGAUUCAGGAGUGAAACUGCUCUCUGAUGGACUGAAAAGCCCAAACUGUAAAUUGAAGAUACUGAGAUUAUGUUACUGUAAGUUGAAACAGGAAGGCGUUUCUUAUUUGGCUUCAUCUCUAAGGUCAAACCCAUCACACAUAAGAGAUCUGGAUCUCAGCCACAAUAACCCAAGAGUCUCAGGAAUGAAGCUGCUCUCUGAUCUACUGGAAGAUCCAUACUGUAGACUCGAGACACUCAGACUGGAAAACUGUGAUCUUACUGCUGAGUGCUGUGAAAGUUUAUCAUCUGCUUUACAAUCAUCAAACUCUCAUCUGAUACACCUGAACCUGAGUAACAAUAAACUGAUUCAGGAUUCAGGAGUGAAGCUGAUCUCUGAUGGACUGAAGAGCCCAAACUGUAAACUGCAGAUACUGAAAUUAUCUGGCUGUAAAGUGACAGAGCAAGGCUUUUGUUAUCUGGCUUCAGCUCUGAGGUCAAACCCAUCACACCUAAUUCAUCUAGAUCUGAGCUUCAAUAACCCAGGAGCCUCAGGAAACAAGCUGCUCUCUGACCUUGUGAAGGAUCCAAACUGCAGACUGGAGAAUAAUGAAAAUUGUGAAGAAGGGUGACAUAGAGAAACAUCUGAGAUAAAAUUUCCAAAUCCAUGAAGGAUCAAGGUAAAUAGGCUGAAAAUAUGGCUGAAAAGAUAAAGGUAAACUAAAUGCUACUCAAUUUGCAAUACUUUUUUUGCCAAUCUUAAUGCCACUAUAUCUGUCAUGGAAAUUAACAUUCAAUAGGGGUUUUCACACUGCGCUUAACCCUGGGUUAUCUUCAUUCUAAACCCCGCUUUUAACCCUGGGUUAAGGAGCGUUUCACACCUGUAAUUUGAAAGCGGUGUUAGCACCACUUUUUACCCAGGGUUAUGAAACCUGCUUUGGAGCAGGGUUAGCACCGCAUUUGUGGUGUUAACCCCGCAUUGUGGUGCCAAACGCAUGC